AGAGAAGUGAAGGAGGAGAGAGAAGAACUGAGAGAAGUGAAGGAGGAGAGAGAAGAACUGAGUGAAGUGAAGGAGGAACAUCAUGUCCAACCUGGAGGAAAACCCUUGAGUCGCUUAAAGACUACAGCGGACCAUUUAAAACUGCACGAGAGAAUUCACACUGGAGAAAAACCUUACGAGUGUUCACACUGCGACAAGAGAUUCAGUCACUCAUCAACUCUGAAAACACAUGAGAGGAUCCACACUGGAGAAAAACCUUACAAGUGUUCACACUGCGACAAGAGAUUCAGUCACUCAUCAUCUCUGAAAAUACAUGACAGGAUCCACACUGGAGAAAAACCUUACAAGUGUUCACACUGUGACAAGACAUUCAAUCAAUCAUCAUCUCUGAAAUCACAUGAGAUGAUCCACACUGGAGAAAAACCUUACAAGUGUUCACACUGUGACAAGACAUUCAUUCAAUCAUCAUCUCUGAAAACACAUGAGAGGAUCCACACUGGAGAAAAACCUUACAAGUGUUCCCACUGUGACAAGAGAUUCAGUCACUUAUCAUAUCUGAAAACACAUGAGAGAAUCCACACUGGAGAACAACCUUACAAGUGUUCACACUGUGACAAGAGAUUCAAUCACUCAUCAUAUCUGAAAUCACAUGAGAGGAUCCACACUGGAGAAAAACCUUACACAUGUUCACACUGUGACAACAGAUUCAGUCACUCAUCACAUCUGAAAAGACAUGAGAGGAUUCACACUGGAGAACAACCUUACAAAUGUUCACACUGUGAGAAGAGAUUCAGUCACUCAUCAUAUCUGAAAUCACAUGAGAGGAUCCACACUGGAGAAAAACCUUACAAGUGUUCACACUGUGACAAGACAUUCAGUCACUCAUCAUCUCUGAAAACACAUGAGUGGAUUCACAUUGGAGAGAAGCCGCAUGUAUGCCAUUUAAUCUUGAAACAAUUUCACAUACAAAUAUUAUCUUGAUGUUCACAUGUACCCCUUUUCCACCAAAAAAAGAACUGGUUCGGAACUGGUGCUGGUUCAAAGUUGGUUCGGAGUUGGUUCAACU